AUGGCCGACGUCCCUCCCAGCAGUGGCGAUUUCCCGGCGGUUCCGUCGCACGGCGGCCAGUACAUUCAGUACAACAUCUUCGGCAACCUCUUCGAGAUCACCAACAAGUACCGGCCUCCGAUCAUGCCGAUCGGUCGCGGCGCGUAUGGCAUCGUUUGCUCGGUUUUGAACUCGGAAACGAAGGAGAUGGUGGCGAUGAAGAAAAUCGCAAACGCCUUUGACAAUCACAUGGACGCCAAGCGCACGCUCCGUGAGAUUAAGCUGCUUCGUCAUUUGGAUCAUGAAAAUGUCGUAGCUAUCAGGGAUGUGAUUCCUCCACCUUUGAGGAGAGAAUUUUCGGACGUAUACAUUGCCACGGAACUCAUGGAUACUGACCUCCAUCAAAUUAUUCGCUCGAAUCAAGGUUUAUCCGAGGAGCAUUGUCAGUACUUUUUGUAUCAGAUUCUUCGAGGACUGAAAUAUAUACAUUCAGCAAAUGUUAUUCAUAGAGACAUGAAGCCCAGCAACCUCUUGUUGAAUGCCAAUUGCGAUCUUAAGAUAUGUGAUUUUGGCCUCGCUCGUCCCACUGCAGAGAAUGAGUUAUUGACAGAGUAUGUUGUUACCAGAUGGUACAGGGCACCUGAGCUUCUGUUGAACUCUUCAGAUUACACUGCUGCAAUAGAUGUGUGGUCAGUAGGCUGCAUCUUUAUGGAGCUUAUGAAUAGGAAGCCUUUGUUUCCAGGCAAAGAUCAUGUGCAUCAGAUGCGCCUAUUGACAGAGCUUCUUGGGACACCAACCGAGUCUGAUCUUGGGUUUGUACGGAAUGAGGAUGCUAGAAGAUAUAUAAGGCAGCUCCCCCCGCAUCCUCGUCAGCCAUUGGCGAGGCUUUUCCCACAUGUUAAUCCGCUGGCCAUUGAUCUCAUUGAUAGAAUGUUGACAUUUGAUCCUACUAGAAGGAUAACUGUCGAAGAAGCAUUGGCUCAUCCUUACCUGGAAAGACUACAUGAUGUAGCUGAUGAACCAAUCUGCAAUGAGCCUUUCUCCUUUGAUUUCGAGCAACAACCCUUGGGAGAAGAGCAAAUGAAAGAUAUGAUUUACAGAGAGGCUAUAGCACUGAACCCAGAGUAUGCUUGA